UACGAAUGUACCAGGGCUGAAUAUAACAAUUCAGUUGUUCGCGCAGCCCUGUUUUGCAUUGUUUUUACGCUGGCAUUAAUUAGAAUUGUCAAUGUCGAUAGAUAGCGCUGCGCAGACAUCGUGGAUAUAUAAUCGGUCCUUCAGAUAGCCAGUCCGCAUAUAUAUUCCCGAUCCCCCGAUUUCUGUUUUGUUUGUUUUUCCCGAUAUUUCUUUCGGUUUUUAGUAAAUAGAUAGGUGGUUUUAUUUUGUAAUUGAAACGACAAUGGCGGAGGAUUCGGCUUCUUUGGAGAGUUCCUACGAUUUCUCCAUCGUUCAGCCCGAUGAUCACGAAUAUGGCGAGGCGGAUAUACGCUUGACGGGCAGCUCCAACGAUCUGUCCUUGUUACAGAAUGUAUCCGCCAGCACAACGAGAGGCACCGAAGGCAAGGGCCGUUUGGACAGCCUUAAAGAGAAUCUGUACAAACAGCAGGAACGCCUAACUGCCUUAAGGAAAUCGCAGGACGGGCGCCGCAAGUCCAGCAUGAGUGACUCCAUGGAGUCGCUGAAGACGCUGGGACACAAGCUGACCGCACUGAAGGCUCGUUCCGGCGGCGGCGGCACCUCCACUCCACUGGUCACGCCCACAAAGGAUAAUUUCCCAGCGGGCGGAAGAGGAGCAGGAGCAGAAGAGGUUGCCCAGCUGCAAACCAGCGGCAGCGAGAAGCUACUGAUGCUCACCCAGCGCACCGAGCAGAAUCGCGCUCUGCUGGAACAGCGCAAGCGGGAUCUGGCCAAGUCCCUGCUCUCUGUGAAGUCCAGCAUUGGCCAUCGAACUGCCGCCGAGCUGGGCUCAUCCAUGACGGACCUGCGACAGGCUACGACAACCUCCAAUCCACCACCCGUGUCCCGGCACCGUUCCGCCUUGGAUCUGGAGGCCCAGGGGCAGGAGCCGCUGGACGAGAGCCGGGUGAAGCUGCUCAGGAAUCGCAUGAAGCUGACGGAGCUAAAGCAGGGCCGACAGGAGCAGGAGCUGCAGGAAUUACGCACGGAACUGGCCAAGCGGGCCAAUCUCAUCGAGCAAUUGGAGCUAUCCGGCGCCGAAUUGCAGCGCACGCUCACUCAGCGCAACGAGGAGUUGGAGCAACUGCGUCUGGGGGCAAAGAAGGAGGACGAGGAGCUGGAGGAGGCGGGGCAGGGGGAUGGCCUGCAGGAGCAGGAGCAUUGCCGCCUUCAGGGAGAGGUGUUAGUCCUAAGAGAACGACUGGCAGAGUUGGAGAAUGUCAACGAUCUGCUAGAGACGACCCGCUGUGAACUCCAGGAAGAGCUGACCACGGCACGCGAACGAGAACGGGAAAGGCAGCGGGAGCAGGAGCAAGAGAAGUCUUCCAGUAGUCCGCAGUCGGCGCACUCGGCGUCAUCCACCGAUGCCCAGGUGAGCUUGGAGCUGGCCAAACAGCUGCAGGAGCUGACCAACCAACUGAGCGAGCUGCAGGCCACCAACGAGGACUUGCGUCAGCAGGUGGCCGCCCAAACGAAGCUCCAGGUGAGCGAUGAGAGUAUAUCCGCACGUCUGGAGGAACUGGAGGCCACCAUAGCAGCCCAGUCCGCGCAACUGGAGGAGCAAAAGGCCGCCAUGGCUGAGCAAAGCGAAGAGCUGGCGGAGAAGACCACGGAACUUAAUGUGCUCAAUGUGAAUCUCCGCCUGCUAGAGGAGAAGCUGGCCCAAAGCAGUCGCACCAAGCCGGCCCUCUUCCUCGACGACCAUCUGGAGGACAGUGCGGCCAGCCAGCAGCUGCAGGAGGAACUGCAGCAGCUCAAGCAAAAGCUGGACGAGUCGAACAAGGCCAACAUUAAGCUGAAGCUCAAGUGCAAGCAGGCGGAGAAGCAGCUGCAGAAACUGCAAUCCCAGGAUGGCCAAACCCAGUUGGCCACACUGGCGGCCGAAAACGAGCAGCUGCAGCAGAGGAUCACGGUCCUCGAGGACGAGAAGGGACAAUGGCAGCUGGCCAACAUGCACGAGGACGAGGAGGAGAAGGUGGAGAAGGAGGAGCAGCCGGCUGAGUCCAAUCCACUCCAACUGGAGGCCAUUCGCCUGCUGGAGGAGCAGAAGCUGGAACUGCAGCAGGCCCUGGAGGCACUGCAGCAGGGUCACGAGUCCGCCCGCGUCGAAUCCGAGCUGAGCGAGGCCCAAAUGGAGGAGCAGCUACUGACCCAGCGCGUCCAGCAGCUGGAGCAGGAGGCCCAGGAGCAGCGCCAGCAGCUGGACACGCUGCGCACGGAGAAGGAAACGCUAGACAAGAAGCUAACGCACUACAUCAACGAGAACAUGGAGUUGCUGGACAAGCUGGAAAAGCUCAGCUCCUCCAGUUCGGCGGAAUCCAUUGAGAUUGUGGAGCGCCAGCAGCUGGAGUGCUUUGGCCAGCAGCGACGACCGGCCAGCGAGGGCGAUGCCCAGGAGCAGAAGCAGGUGGAUCCGGUCCAGCAGCAGCACCAGCAGCUGCCCAGUCAUGUGAGCGAGCUCACCCAAACGGAGGAUCCGGAGGAGGAGGACAAUUCCGGAAGCGGCGGAGGCGAGAGUCUGUGCCAGCUGAGGGAACGCCUCGAACUGUUCACCCAGGAACGCGGCGAGGUGCUGGACAAGCUGGAGCAGCUGUCCGCGGAGAACGUGCAACUGCAGGCCCGACUGGACGAGAGUUGCACAUCGCUGCAGCUGCUGCAGCGGGAACGCGAUCGGGAACGGGAAAGAGACCUGCUCUCCUCCACCUCCACCUCGUCGAAUCUGUCGCAGGAGCUCAGCUCCAUGCAGCGAUCCUCGGAGGUGGUGGCCUCCCUGGAUGCCGGCGAUGGUGGGCCCGUGCUCUUCGAGAAAUGCGAGAAAUCCCUAAGUAAGCUCAACUCCGAACUGGAGGCCUAUCGGCGGGCCAACGAUCGCCAGGCCAAGUUCAAUGUGGCCAAGAAGCUGGCCAAGGAGGCCAAGAACUGUCACACCCAGUUGAGUGAGCUGCUGCACAAGGUGAAGGAGGCCAGCUCGGCGGUGGAAACGGUGACGGUGGUGGAGACCGUGGUGGCCGUCACCGCUCCCAAUGGCAAAGCGCUGGCCGAAUACGAGCAGCUCAAUGCCCAGAAUGCGGAGCUCAAGGCGGUGAUAUCGCGUUUGCGCCAGGAACUGGACGAGCUGAGGGACAGCUAUCCGGAAUCGGAGGGCGGUAUCGGAGGACAACCUCCGCUGGCCAUUGUGGGCACGGACAAUCAGCGGGAGGAGGAGUUGCUGCAACUGCAGUCGCUGCUGGAGGACACACGCUCCUCGCAGGCGGAGCAGCUGGAGCAGAUCCGAGAGCUACUCCAAACCCAAGCCGAUCACCUGCAAUUGGUGGCCAGGCAGAGGGAAGAGAUCACGCAACUGCAGCUGCAGGCGGAGCAGUUCGAUCAGCUGCUCAAUGCCAAGGAAAUGGGGCACGAGAAGCACAUGGAGCAGCAGACGCGAUUGCGCCGCGAGCUGGAGUCGCGUGGCGAGGCGCUCGAGGGUGAACUGAGCAUCCUGCAGGCUCUGGUGGCCGAGCAGAAGCAGCAGCUGAUCGAGAGCCUCAGCGAGAACGAGCAUGCGCUCAACCUCAAGAUGCUGGAGCUUCAGUCCGCCCACGAGGAGCUCCGCGAGUUGAGGACCCAACAGGAGGAUCCCGACCAGCUGAGGGAGGCGCUGCGCAUCAGCAAGAGUCUGGCCGCCCAGCAGGUCAGCGAACUGGCCUCCAGCCAGGAGACGAUCGAUGCGCUCAACCAGCAGAUCCAGGAGCUGUACCAGGCCAUGGAACAGGCCCGGCAGGAGGAGCAGCUCAAGACCCGCGAACUGCGCGAGAAGAUGAAGAAGUAUGCCCUUAACUUGAAGAAGCGCACGCAGGACAAUGCCGAUCUCGAGCAGAAGGUGCAGGAGCUAACGAGUCAACUGCAAGAGCAAGAGCUGAAGCAGGAGCAGGAGCAUGAGCCCCGUCCACCGAUUGUGGACACCCAGGAGGUGGAGAGGCUGCAGCAGCAGGUCAGCAAACUCAACGAGGAUCUCAAGGCCAAGAUCCAUGUGAACCUCGAGAAUCGCGAUGCCCUGCGCCAGCUGAAGCAGCAAAUCCAGGAGCAGGAGCAACUGAUCCAGCAGCGCGAUGCGGAGCUCCAGGAUGCCAAUCUGGUCAACAAGGAGCUGCGACGCGAGCGCCAGGAAGCCGAGCAGGAGGUCUUCCAGCAGGGUCAGGAAUGCUCCAGGCUGAGGCAGGAAGUCGACCAGCUGCAGCAGGAAAUCCAAAAUCUCGAACAGAAGGCGGCGGCUGUCGAGGAUCUGCAGCGUCAACUGGAGCAGAAAUCUAAGAAAUUCGAAAAGUCCAAGGAGCUGAUCAAACAUCGCAAUGCCACCAUUCAAGCCCUGCAGCGGGAGCUUCAGCAGUUCCAGCAGGAUCAGAUGGAUCAGCAGGAUCAAGCCAGCGAGGUGGAACAUGUGCGAAGCAAGCGAGCUGCUGCCCAGGAGCAACUGCAUCUGGAGAAGGAUGCAGAGAUUGCUGCCCUGCGCCAGGAGAUUGCCCAGUUGGAGAGCGAGAGAGCCAGCAUUACCAAGAUCACACAACAACCAUUGGAAUCGGUCCAAUCGCUCCAGCAAGCGGAAUCCCUUCGAGCGGCCGAGAAGGAGCUGGAGCACCUUCGUGUCCAACUGACGGCCGCCCAGGAGCAGCACGCCCUGCUGGCGCAGCAGUAUGCUGGGGACAAGGCCAACUUUGAGAUGACCAUCGCCCGCCUGGAGACGAUACACGAGGGCAUCCAGGCCAAGCUGCAGGAGGACGCCUCGUACAUUGAAUCGCUGGAGGCGCAAAACGCGGAGCUGCUGGCCAGGAGCGCCGCCCUGGAGGAGCAGGUGGCCAGCGAGGCCAAUCGGCAGGCGGCUGACCAGGAUCGCACCCAACUGCUGGAGCAGCAGCUGCUGGAGAGCCGUGAGCAGCAGGAGCAGCAGCGCCGGCAGGAGCAGCAGCUGCAGGAGCAUCUCCUGCAACUGGGCGAAAGGGAACAGGCCCAAAGUCGCCAACUGCAGCUGGUCACCAGCGAGGCGGAGGAGUCCCGACAGCAGCUGGCUGGCCUGCGAUCGGACUACGAAUCCCUGCUAACCAAACACUCGCAGCUAACGGCCGCCGCCCAGGCGGAGCGGGAACAGCUGAACAGCCACGCGCAGGAGGAGCUGGCCGAUCUGCGCCAGCAAUUGGAUGCCAAGGAGGUGGAUCUGCAGCGCCAGCGACAGGUCUACGAUGCCAAGCUGGCCGCCAAGGCCACCGAACUGGACGAACUCGAGUGCGACCUUAAUGGCCAUGUGGAACGAGCGGCGGCCGAGCAGCGCGAUCUUGUCCAGCAGCUGGAGCGCUCGCAGGAGCUGGUCGGCCAGCGGGCGGAGGAACUGCAGCGCCUCAGCGACGAGUUGCAGGAGGUGGAGCGUGAACGAUCCGCCCUGAGUCGCGAGGUAACCCUGUUGCGCCUGCAGCAGGACAGUGCCGAGCAGGAUGUGCUUGAGCUGCAGGAGCUGCGCAUGCAGGCGCUGCAGGACAAGACUGAGACGGACAACCUGCGCACCCAGAUCGAUGCCCUCUGCGCCAAUCACAGCCAGGAGCUGCAGGCCCUGCAACAGCAGAUUGCGGAGCUGGACACGCUGGGUCAGAACCAAACGGACGACCAGGUUUACAUCGAGACGGAGAACAGGCGGUUGGCCGAGCAACUAAGCGAACUGCAGGCUCAGUUGGCCAGGCAGCAGCAGCAGCAGCAACAGCCGCAUCAUCAUAAUCCUCUUCCGGUGGCUCAAUCCCCAUCCCAAUCCCAAAUCCAGCACCAGCACCAACAGCAUCCUCCACCAGCUUCCCUCUUCUUUGGCGGCGAUGCUCUGGCCGCACCCUCGCCCUUCGACGAGAUUGCGGCCCAGCCCCUGAGGGUGUCCUCAUUGGGUGCAGCCCUGCCCAUGCCACCACCGCCCACCAUCGAGGAUCUGCAGCGGAAUGUUUCCGAUCUGGAGAAGCAUGCCCAGGAUCUGGAAACGAAGCUGGUGGCGCGGAAUAAGAGCGUGGCCGAGCAGGAAGAGCGACGGCAGCAGUUGGAGCAGCAUUUGCAGGAGUUGCAGCGCCUGCUGAGGGAGCGGGACCAGCAGCUGGCGGAGAUAAAGGCGGCCAACGAGGAACGCGAACGCUUGGCGGCACUGGAGAAGCUCAUUGUUCCACCGGCGGCAGCGGCAGUGCCCACGCUGGACAUGUUCUUUGGCGGACAGGGGGCUGGGGAAACGGUGCCCGAUGCCGUGCGUCAGCCGGGUCACCACCUGGACCUGGGCCUGCCGCAAACGGAGCCGGUGGAGGAGCCGCUCAUCCAGCCCAAAAAGGCGUACUUGUGCCAGCCGCAGCAGGAGCAGCAGCAGAUCGAUUGGGGUGUGGACGAGGAUCCGUGGGCGAGUGCGGCCACCGAGGCGCCGCAAACGGAUGUGGAGCCGCUGCACGCCAGGAUUGCCCAGUUGGAGCUGCAGCUGGCCAGUGCGGAGCAGCAGAAGGCAGAGCUGCAGACGAAGGCGGCCAAGCUGAUGAAGCGACUGAAGGAAUACAAAACGAAGGCGACCACGCCUGCGGCACCAGUUGACAACGAUUUGGAUACGGCCAUUAUCGAGGAGCUGAAGCACCAGCUCCAGUUGCACGAAUCCCGCCAGGCCAAGGCGGAGGAGCUGCUGCAGCAGCAGGCCCUCGAAAAGGAGAAGCUGGCGAAGCGCAUCGAUGUCCUCACCGCUGGCAACGAACGCAUGGCCGAGCUGAAGGAGCGCCAGGACAGGGAUGUGCAGAUGUACCAGGCCCGCAUCCGGGAGCUCCAGGAGAAGCUCAACCAACUGGACCAGUGGGAUGUGCCCGCUGCUGGCGCACCGCCAGCCAUGCCAGCUGCUCCCAUCGCCACCGAUGAGGUGGCCAGGAUUGAUAGCCUACAGGCGGAGAACCAGGAUCUGAAUGCCGAGUGCCAGGAGCUGCAGCAGAAACUGAGGGAGGAGAGUCGACAGCUCCAACUGGCCGAGGAGACCACUGCCCAGGUGCAGGCCCAAACGGAGACACUGCAGGAGCAGUUGCGGGAGCGUCUGCAGGAGGUGGAGGAACUGAGGCAGGGACAGGCCAAUCUGCAGGAGUUGCAGGCUCUCCAGGCCGAGGUGGUUCAAUUGAGGAGCCUGCAGACCGAAGUGGAGCAUUUGAGAAGCCUCCAGACCGAAGUGGAGCACUUGAGAAGCCUUCAACCCGAACUGGAGCAUUUGAGAAGCCUCCAGACCGAAGUGGAGCAAUUGAGAAGCCUUCAACCCGAACUGGAGCACUUGAGAAGCCUUCAACCCGAACUGGAGCACUUGCGAAGCCAAAUGGCUCAAGAGGAUCAGCAGUUACAAAGCAAAGAGUUCCAGAAAGUAGAGCAGGAACACCAGCGAAGACUUCAGAUCGAGGUGGAGCAGCUGAGAAGCCUGCAGGCGGAGGUGGAACACCUGAGGAACCUGCAACCCGACGUGGAGCACCUGAGAUCACAGCAAUUGGAGUUCCAGCAGCUGCGACACCAACUUAACGAGCUGGAAGCGCAGCGCACACGAGACCAAGCCGAAUUGGAGGCACUGCGACGCAUGGGAAGUCACGCGACCACCGCCGACGAUGUGGACUCCAGGAAUGAUGAGCAAAUGGCCCUGCUGCAGGAGAAGGAAGCGGAGAUUGUCCACCUCAAACAGCGCAUCGAGGAGCUGAUGCGCGAGGACCAAACGGAGAAGCUUGUCUUCGAGAUUCUGACCAAAAACCAGGAGCUGCAAUUGCUGCGCAUGCAAGUCAAGCAAUUGGAGGAGGACAGGCAGGAGGAGGAUCACCAGGUGGUGAGUUCCGCUGGGGAAUCCGUCGAACGUCUGCGUGCCGAGUGCCAACAGCUGCAGCAGGAUAAAUCCGACAUGGAGGAGGAGCUGCGCGUGCUCAACAACCAUGUGCUCAGCAGCCUGGAGCUAGAGGACAGGAUGAAACAGACGCUGCUCCAGCUGGACACGAAAGACAUUGAGAUCACUGAACUGCGUCGCUCCCUGGAGGUCUUGCAGGGCCAGAAUCUUGGCCAGCAUUCCAAUUCCAGUCCCCAACCCCAACCCCAUCCCAAUCCCAAUCCCAAUCCCCAUCCCACGCCCGAUCUGGCAGCCAUCAAUCGGCAGUGGGAACAGUUGGUAGAGCAGAAGUGCGGCGAGGUGGCCAGCAUUUGGCAGGAGCAUCUGGCCCAGCGGGAGGCUGCCUUCCGGGCGCAGCUGGAGGAGAUUGGCCAGCAGCAGCAGGCGCAACAGGAGCAACAGGAGCAGCUUCAGCAGCAGGAGAAGCCGGGAGAAGACACCACCGGUGGUGACAUGAUGCUGAAGAUGCAAAAGGCCCUGGAAACGCAGGAAAUGGAGAUUGUAACGCUCAAGGAGCAGCUGGCCAUCCGUUCGGCGGAGUAUGCUCGUCUGGCGGCCCAAUACGAUCCCUUCCGGCUACAGAAUCGCGGCGGAUCGGGUGGCAAUCCAUCUCCGUCCGCCGGUGCCGCCGCUUCAGCCGGUGGACCACCGCCCCUAACUGCCAACAACGAACCACUGCCCGAGUAUGUGCUGAAGGCGGAUCUGGACUACGCCCUGAUGAUGCUCCACCAGCGGGACAUGCGCGUCGAGGAGAUGAUCCUGGAGCUGGUGCAGCUGCUCGAGGAACGUGACCAUCUGCAGCUGAAGCUGUCGGACACGCUGCGCCAGUUGGAAACGGAGCGGAGUCGCGUCAGCGAUGAACCCGCCUGUGCCACGGCGUCCUCAUCGGCCGCCUCGGGCAGCAGUCCCAGCAAAACCAGCAGCGCCGGCAGCAGCAGCGAGCUCCUGGGAACCACAACCACGGGCAGUGACCUCAAACAGAAGCUCGCAGAGUUGCAGACGGUGAAGCAUUCCAAGGAUAAGGCAAUUGUUGACGAGCGUGAGCAACGCCUGCAGCAGAUGAUCCAGCUGCAGAGGGACAUGGCCAAGCAGCAGGGAGCAGGAUCAGGUUCCGGAUCUGGAUCUGGAUCAGGAUCGGGAUCAGUGGUAGCCCCUCCCGCACCGCCACCAACAAUCGGCGCGGAUCUCUCUCAGUCCGCAUUGCGUUCGCCAUCGAUGAUGCUCAUGGACUGGAUAAUGGGCAGCAACAACAACAAGGAGGAUGAGGCCUCCGGCUAGCCCCUGCCCAUUUACAUUUACCGGCGAGGACAACUACGUACCCAGGAGAUGCCUCCAGAUGAUGGGCUCCUACUACGACUAGCACUCUAAUAACGAAUCACUACUUUAAUCAUAUUUCUGGCCUUCCUUGCGCGGACGAUGGCGAUAGCGUUAAAGUUCUUUAUACGAUAUUAUAUGUACCUUGGCUAGCUGAAAAGCUGUCCCCGGAAUUCCCGAUUCCCCCGAUUUUGUUCCAAACGCGUACGUUUUAUGUUGUAGAUAUGUAUAAAUUGUAUAAAACAAAUCGAAAUGAAGCAAAGCAGAAGCAAAAACAAAAAAAAAAGUAAAAAUUGAACUAAAGAAUUUAAGAUUAAACCAAAAUAUAGAAAAAUGUGUUUUAAAGGGGUUACUUUUUAGAUCUUGAAGUUCUGAUGCAAAUUUAUGACAGCAUUGGAACAUACACAUA